AUGGAUGCAGAUGACGCCGCCGCAGAAGUUUCACCGGGUGCGACGUUUGGACCGCCUGGUGACGAGUACGAAAUUGGGAAACAGCUGGGCAAUGGAGCCGCUUCCCGGGUGUUUGCAUGCAGGCGCCUCAACACCAACGAGCAGCUGGCCGUGAAAGCCGUGGACCUGCGACGCUUAUGCCUGCUUGGCGACCUCCAAGACCAGAUGACCCGCUUAGACAGCGAAGUCGGAAUCCUCCACGAGCUCAGACAUGAGAGAAUCGUGAAUCUUCAGGGAUUCCACAAGACGGACAACUGGUAUUUCCUCGUGAUGGAGUUAGUUGGCGGAGGAGAACUCUUCGACCUCAUUGUCCGCAACAAGUCGCUCAAUGAGGCGGAAGCGAGACACAUCUUUCUCCAGCUCCUGGAGGGCGUUGGCUACAUGCACGCGCGAGGCGUGCUUCACCGGGACCUGAAGCCUGAGAACAUCCUCGUGGCGGGGUCCAGGCCGGCCGAGGGUGCCGAAGCGGGGCAGCGUUACGACGUGAAGAUCGCUGACUUUGGGCUUUCCAAGGCCAUCGGAGGCGGCGCCUCUCUAGCGAGGACGCGCGUGGGAACGCCUCAAUACUGGGCCCCAGAGGUCCUGGACGUGCAGAAACGGGGCGGCUCCUACGACCAAGCGGCCGAUUUUUGGGGUUUGGGCGCAGUCCUCUUUGUGAUGCUUUGUGGCAGGUAUCCUUUUGACGGCCAAAAGCAAGCUCUGGAUGACCAAAUCCGCACGGCCUCCUACAGCAUGACAGGCUCACGAUGGCGGAACAUCUCCGAAGCUGCGAAGAGCCUCGUGCGUGGGCUGCUGCGGGUCAAUCCGGUGGACAGGCUCUCCUUGGAUGAGUGCCUCAGCCAUCCGUGGGUCACUGGCGCGCCCAUGCCGCUACCGCGGCCCUUCGAUGACAGAUCAUGGGCAAAAGUGAAGGAAGGACAACCAACUCUUGAUCUCGGCUUCGUAGAGUCCAAGGUGCCCGCCUCGGGCAAGAAGUGCCUGGAACUGGCGCAGCAAGCGGACCUGGCACAGAAGAUGGCCGUCAUCGCCGAGUCACCUUCGGGGGAAGGUGAGGUCAGGAACUCCGAGGACUUCCGGAAUCUUGCAAACCUGGACUCUGAGCGCCUGGCGGAGCGUGCCCCGUCCACGAGCUGCUGCAGUGCUUCAGACUCUGACUUGGGCAAGAGCUGCAGCCGCGUCGCAAGCACAUUCAGCAGCCCAGAUGAGGAGGCGCAAAGUUCGCAGGUCGUCUCCUUCCUCACAGGCAAGAAUCUUCGCUUCGGCCGCUGGUACUGGCUGCUGAUCCUGCUUCUCGGCCUCGCUCUCUGGCGCUGCCGCGCGCGGCGCGAGCUGAUUCCUGGCGAGUUGCCCACGAUGAGCUUGGACAAGCAGCCCGCCAGCUACAGCACGAAUCUCAGCGGGGACGGUGACGAGAAGAGCAUGCUCGCGGCGCUCGACAUGCAGACGUACUAUCUGGGUGGUGCACAUCGAGGAGCUGCAGACUCCUGGCUUUCAGGGCCAAGGCUUUGCCAAGCAUAUUUCCAAGAGGCCGAGGAAGCGCUGCUCCUGGAAGCACCGGCAGAGGGGCACAAAAAGAACAGCAUCUUCCAGCUCAUAGAGAUGCUGAAGAGCCAGGUGGCCAUUGCAGGCUCCCUGCAGAUGGCGAACAUUGCCGUGCGCCACGUGGACCGAGAGCUUGCGGAGGCAACGAGCAGCGCCUACGAGCAGGCGCGCGACCUGUUCAAGAAAGCCGCAGACGUGGUCUCACGCUAUGCGGACGUCGCAAAACAGGUGAGUGAGCACGUUCUGCCCGACCUCCAACUGGCCGUCGAAGAGCAGGAGCCUGCAAUGGCGGCAGAUAUGCUUGAGAUGGUCAAGGAGUGGGUGUCUGCCAUGAAGAAGGACAGCGACCUCAUUCGGAGCAACUACGGGGAGCUUCAGUCCGCCGUCCUGACGUUGGUGGAUCGAACCUCCCGCAGCAAGCAGGCAGCAGACGACAAGCUCGCCGCUGCCGUGGCCACGGCCAAGGAGGCCCAGAUUGCCAAGGCCACGCAGAACCAAACACACGGCUCAGGCGAUCCGAGCAGUGCCAGCUGCGGCUUUCCGGACGAGCAGAUCGGGAAGCCCUACCAGGUGGCCACGCGCACCAGUCCAGACGUGUCCCCGCAGGUGAAGACGCAUGUCGCAGCCGAGGUGGACUCGCUCAUAGAGGUCACAGAUGAGACCAUGCAUUUGCAGUCAAGCGUGACCACCACUCCGCAGUUGACCAGCAGCGAGUACAUGGCUUUGGUGCCGUACAAAGACAGCCUCUUCCCCGAGGCCGAGGGCGCAGCCGGACACGCCGCCGACUCCUCCAAGAGCUUGCUUAAGGCCUUGCACGAACUCCGCCGGGUGGACUCUAUUUUGGAGGGUUGCUCCGUGUUUUGGGCCGGCAUGGAUCGUGCUGUCCAUCAGCUGGGACAGAUGAAGCAGCACGCGGAGCGUCUUGUGAACUUCGCCACGAGCACUCCGAAGCUCAGGGAGCGCUUCGACCAGCGGAUGUUGGAGUACGGCAAGAACUGGUCUGACCUCGAAAAGCUUUGCCGGGAGUACAACUCGAAGCAUCACGACUCUGGGCUGCAGGGUCCCACGAACAUCGAAGGCUCUGGCUCAAGCGGGCGAUUGAAAGAAGUCCUUGCAAUUCUGGCCGGAGCUCUAAGAGCGAGAGACACAUUGCGUGCAUCUGAAUCAUCACGGAGCUUAGGUCCUAGGUAG